UCUGGGAGUUGCAGUUCAAAAACACCUAAGUAACAAAGGUUAAGAACCACUGUUCUAGAACCCCAUCGAGUUACCACGCCUCCCAGUCCCAGCUGCACUGCCUGCCCACCCGCCCUGCUCGUACAUAAAAGCAAGGCGGACGUGAUCGCCUUCCCACCACCACCACCAUGGGAGGCAACAGGGAACCCUCCAUCUCAUGACUCCGCCCCCCCGUGCCUCAGAGCGGAAGUGACCAUUUUUUGGUCGGACCGGUUGGAAGCCGGGGCUAGUUCCGCUUCCGGUACUUUCCCCCGUCCGGCGGCUUAGGAGGUCUCAGGAACCAGGAGCUUUUUGGUGCCGGUAGCAGGAUGAGUUACGAGCACCGUCGGGACCGGAACCGCGGCGGAGGACCCCGGGCCUCUCAGGCGUCCUCGUCGUCUUCUUCUGGCCGUGCUGGCGGCGGGAGAGGCGGAGGCGGAGGCGGAGGUCGGGACCGGCCGCCGCCUCACCUGAAGGGCCGCGAGAUUGGCCUGUGGUACGCGCGGAGACAGGGCGAAAAGAGCAAAGAGGCCGAGAGGCAGCAGAGAGCUGUGGUGCAAAUGGAUGAGCGCAGAGAAGAACAAAUUGUACAGUUGCUGAACACUGUCCAGAAUAAAAAUGAAAAAGAACAAGAUGCCACGUCUUGGUGGUCUGAUGAAGAAGGGUACACAAAGGAGGUUUCCGCCAAACCAAAGCCUGUUAUAGAGAAACAAGUUGUGGAAAAGGCUCCUGAAAGAACUAGAACAACCUUGGAAAAAACAUUUCUAAACCAAGAUACAGAAUAUCUUUUACAAGAGAAUAAUCCAGAUGUUGAUUUAGAUCAGCAACUAAAAGAAGAAUUGAAAAAGAAGAGGAAUAAUUCCAGAUAUAUUGAGAUGCAGAGAUUUCGUGAAAAACUGCCUUCUUAUGGAAUGAGAAAGGAGCUUGUUAACCUCAUAAACAGUAGUCAAGUAACUGUUAUAAGUGGUGAGACUGGUUGUGGAAAGACUACUCAAGUUACCCAGUUCAUAUUGGAUGACUAUAUUGAGAGAGGGAAAGGCUCUUCUUGCAGAAUUAUAUGUACUCAGCCUAGAAGAAUCAGUGCUAUUUCAGUAGCGGAGAGAGUUGCAGCAGAAAGAGCUGAAGCAUGUGGUAAUGGAAAGAGCACAGGAUAUCAAAUUCGUCUUGAAAGCCGGUUGCCAAGGCGACAAGGUUCAAUUUUGUACUGCACAACAGGAAUUGUUCUACAGUGGCUUCAGUCAGACAAGGAGUUGUCCAGUGUUAGUCAUGUGAUCCUUGAUGAAAUCCAUGAGAGAAAUCUUCAAUCAGAUGUUUUAAUGACAGUAAUUAAAGAUCUCCUACACAUACGAUUAGACCUGAAAGUAAUAUUGAUGAGUGCUACACUGAAUGCUGAGAAGUUUUCAGAGUACUUUGACAAUUGUCCUAUGAUACAUAUCCCUGGGUUCACCUAUCCUGUUGUGGAAUACCUUUUAGAAGAUGUAAUUGAGCAAUUACGCUACAUUCCAGAAAAUACUGAUCGCAGACCACAUUGGAAAAAGAAGUUUAUGCAGGGGCAUGUAAGCAGGCCAGAAAAGGAAGAAAAAGAAGAAAUUUAUCACGAGCAAUGGCCAGAUUAUUUAAGGCAGCUUAGAGGACGGUAUUCAGAAAGUACAAUUGAUGCAUUGGAAGUGAUGGACGAUGAUAAAAUUGACCUUAAUUUGAUCGCUGCAUUGAUUAAAUAUAUUGCCCUUGAGGAAGAGGAUGGUGCAAUACUGGUGUUUCUUCCUGGAUGGGAUAACAUUAGCACUCUGCAUGACCUUCUGAUAUCUCAAGUUAUGUUUAAAUCGGAUAGAUUCCUCAUUAUCCCGUUGCAUUCGUUGAUGCCAACUGUUAACCAGACUCAGGUGUUUAAAAAGACCCCUCCAGGAGUCCGUAAAAUUGUAAUUGCUACCAACAUUGCUGAGACUAGCAUCACUAUAGAUGAUGUGGUCUAUGUUAUAGAUGGAGGUAAAAUAAAGGAAACUCAUUUCGAUACCCAGAAUAACAUUAGCACAAUGGCUGCAGAGUGGGUUAGCAAAGCAAAUGCCAAGCAAAGGAAAGGUCGAGCAGGAAGAGUCCAGCCAGGUCGCUGCUAUCACUUGUACAAUGGUCUUCGUGCCACUCUUCUAGAUGAUUAUCAGUUACCAGAAAUCUUGCGGACGCCUCUAGAAGAGCUUUGUUUACAAAUUAAGAUUUUAAAACUUGGCGGAAUUGCCCAUUUUCUAAGCAAGCUAAUGGAUCCACCAUCAAGUGAUGCUGUAUUGCUGUCCAUAAAAAAUCUCAUGCAACUGAACGCAUUGGAUAGGCAUGAAGAAUUGACUCCCCUUGGAGUCCAUUUGGCACGGUUACCGGUGGAGCCCCACAUAGGAAAAAUGAUUCUUUUUGGAGCUUUGUUCUGUUGCUUAGAUCCUGUCCUCACUAUUGCAGCCGGCCUCAGCUUCAAGGACCCUUUUGUCAUUCCCUUGGGGAAAGAAAAAGUGGCAGAUGCAAGAAGAAAGGAGCUAUCAAAGAAUUCUAAAAGUGACCACUUAACAGUUGUCAAUGCUCUCAAGGGGUGGGAAGAAGCUCGGAGGCGUGGUUUCAGGUGUGAGAAAGAUUAUUGUUGGGAAUAUUUCCUUUCUUCAAAUACUCUGCAGAUGCUGAGUAACAUGAAAGGGCAGUUUGCUGAACAUCUCCUUGCAGCUGGUUUUGUGAAUAGUAGAAGCCCCAAAGACCCCAAAUCCAACAUUAAUUCAGACAAUGAGAAAUUACUCAAAGCCGUUAUCUGUGCUGGCUUAUAUCCAAAGGUGGCAAAAAUCCGAGCAAACUUCAGCAAAAAAAGAAAAAUGGUUAAGGUUUCCACUAAAACGGAUGGAACAGUUAACAUUCAUCCUAAAUCUGUGAAUGUUGAGGAGACAGAGUUCCACUACAACUGGCUUGUUUAUCAUCUGAAAAUGCGGACAAGCAGCAUAUACUUGUAUGAUUGCACCGAAGUCUCUCCGUACUGUCUUUUGUUCUUUGGAGGGGAUAUUUCUAUCCAAAAGGAUAAAGAUCAGGAUACAAUUGCUGUGGAUGAAUGGAUUGUAUUUCAGUCUCCAGCAAGAAUAGCCCAGCUAGUGAAGGAUUUGAGAAAAGAAUUAGAUGACCUUCUGCAAGAGAAAAUAGAAAAACCCCAGCCUGUGGACUGGAACGAUGCUAAAUCAAGGGAAACUGCAGUGCUGACUGCCAUUAUAGACUUAAUCACAACACAGGAGAGUGAAACUACCAGAAAUUUUGCCCCUCGUUUCCAAAAUGAACACUGCAGUUAACACUGUUCCACCGCUGCUGAAGAGCUGACAACUCUACCAGAUUUUCUUUAUUGCUACUUGGGCAUCUUGGAGUUUUGUUUUUAAUUCCAGUAGUAGGUUCUAAUGCCUUCAUGUGUAUGGCAUGCAGUGUAUAGACCAGUGGUUCCUUUAGUUGCCAGUGCUGCGUAGUCUAUUGUAUUACAUGUCCGUGAGUGUUAUAUCUCUAUGCUGCUUCUUGAGAACUGUAACCUUAUAAGGUAAAAGCCUGAUGAAACUGAAAAUGAACUUGACAGUUUUUUUA